AUGAUGGAUAGUUAUGAUUCUUCAAAUAAACAACAAGACUCUAGUCCAACGGCGAACAACAGUAAUAAUGCACAAAACAACAAUAACAGCAACAAUACUAAUAAUAAUCAAAAUGUUGAGCGUAACCGCGGUGGACCACGUGGAGGAGGUUUUUCAGCAAAAGUCGACUGCAGAUAUCUCGUACAAAGUCGUGAUGCUGGCGCGAUCAUUGGACGCGGUGGAUCAAAUAUCCAAAAUCUUCGACAAAAACAUAAAACGUUAAUUCAAGUUCCGGAUUGUGAUGGCCCAGAACGUGUUCUCACAAUCAGCGGUGAAUUAGAAACAUGUAUUUCUACCUUACAGGAUAUUCUUCCGACAAUGCGCGAUAAUCAACGUAUUCAAAACGAUCAAAGUGAAAUAAGAUUACUUAUACAUCAAAGUCAAGCGGGAGCAGUCAUUGGCAAAGGCGGAGAUCGCGUUAAAGAAUUAAGACAAAAAUUUAAUGUAGGAAUGAAAGUGUUUGUGCAAACGUGUCCAUUUUCAACUGAAAGAGUGGUUGCUCUCAGAGGUCAUCCAAAAGAUAUUGAACGUUGUAUGCGAGAAAUCUACAGUAUUCUAGAUCAAACUCCGCCUCGUGGACCGAUGCAUUUCUACGAUCCAUUUAAUUACGAUGAAUACACGACUCAGGAGUAUGGUGGAUUUUCUGACGGACAAAUAGCAAUGGCUCCGCAACAAGGUGGACAAUAUAGAACACAACAUGUUGAUCGAGAUGGAAAGUAUAAUCAACAAUACGGUGGUGGUGGUGGUGAUCAAUAUAUGCCUUCCAUUGGCAAUGGUUACAACCAAGGACCUCGUCCAUUAAUCGAUUUUGAUAGGCGAGGUGGUAUGUAUUCACAACCUGUUGAAACAAACCAGGUUACCAUUCCAAAUGAACUGGCUGGUGUUGUCAUUGGUCCUAGAGGUACUAAAAUUUCUCAAAUUCGUCAACAAUCUGGUGCCAGUAUCACAUUGGAUGAUCCUACACCCGGUUCUAGCGAUCGGAUAAUUACAAUUAUUGGUACACAAAUUCAAAUUAAUCAAGCUCAAUAUUUGUUACAAAUGGCUGUGAAAGAAAGUGGUGUGUAA